ACACUGUGUCUAAAAAAACAGAAACGUUCGGUUUGUUGUGGGAUUUAUAAACUAAUUUACUGUUUCCAACAAUGAAGAGGGUGAAUACCAGGAUAUAAACUAUGAUUUCUAACUGCCUCAACCAUUCAGAAGAUAAAGAGAAUGACAAUCAAGAUUUUUAUGAUAACUCUCGACCAAGCAGUCCAAUGCAGAUUUCUUCAGAUAUUCCCCUAAGGAAAGUCCAAAUAGACCCAGAUGUCAACACCUCCGGAAGGGUGUUUAUAAAUGCGAGUCAAUAACUAUGCGAGACGUGAUGAACUUUCAUGCGGCAUUUUAUAAAUAUCACAACAAGGAAACACAAGAUGCUUUUCUUCUAAAAUACUGCGUCCCUGUAAUUCCCAAGAGAAAAAGACCUAAAAAUAAGAAACAUCAUCCGAAAACCAUUCAUACAAAUUACAGCAUUUACAGUAUCUUACAGAAAAAAAAAAUAACAAUAUGUCAGAAAGCGUUCCUCGGAAUUUUAAACAUUACUAAACAUCGAGUACAGUAUAUUGCUAAAAAGUUUGUGGAAUCGGGUGGACAAGCAGUAAAAUAAAAAAGAGGCGGUGACCACAAGUCCCAUAUAUUCACAGAGAAAAAAAAUGCUGUAAUGCUUUUUAUAAAUAUGUUUCACGUUGACGAAGCACAUUACUGUAGGGGACAUUCUGAACGGAGAUAUUUACCUGCAGAACUUUCAAUUAACAAAAUGUGGAAAAUGUACAACAAACAGCCAAAUCUUGAAGCAAAUUUAAAAGUCAAAAAAGGUCUGUUCAGAAAAAUUUUCAAUAACAACUAUAACCUCGGUUUUGGCAGUCCUAGAACAGAUGUAUGCUCGACAUGUAUUCUACUUCUAGAAAAAAUUAAAAGAGAAUCAGAUGAGGCACAAAAGCAACGACUUAUGGUAGAACAUAGGGUUCACAAACUUAAAGCUAAAGCAUUUUUUAAUUUAGUGAGAGAAGAAAGACCCAAUUUAAAAACAUUCUCACUUGAUUGUGAAAAAAAUCUACCAUUACCAAAAACACCUGAUCAGAUAACUUAUUAUUCCAGACAGCUUUAUCUAUAUAACUGUACUAUAGUAGAAGGUUCAUCAAAGGCUCCUCUGACAACACAAAAUGUAUUCGCCUACUGUUGGACCGAAGACCAAUAUGCCAAAGGAGCUAACGCAAUAGCUUCCAUAGUAUAUCACAGACUGAUGAACACGAAUUUGACAGAUAUAAGUACGAUCAGAUUGAUAGCAGAUGGAUGUCCGGGGCAAAAUAAAAACUCGAUAAUGAUAGCGAUGUGUUCGAAGUGGUUAAGUAGUUCGGCACCUGAUCACGUGCAAAGAAUUGAAAUAGUUUUUCCUAUCGUAGGACACUCUUUCAUUCCACCGGACCGCGUAUUUGCUCAUGUGGAAAAGGAUGUGAGAAAGUUGGAGUGUAUAUUAAGACCGGAGGAUUACCUUGAGAUUAUAGGCACUUAUAGCACAAUAGUUCGUAUGGGAUCUGAUUAUGAAGUCCUAAACUUUAAGAGUGGAAUGAGUUCAGUUAUAAAGGAUGUCUGCUCUUGGCACUUCCAAUUUAAACAUUGCAAAAGAUUUUUAAUACAGCGGUCAAAAGAAAUUGGUAAUAUUGUAAUUCAAGGGGAAGUGCACUAUACUAAUAAUUUGGAUGUAUUGAAGAAAAUAACUCGUAAAAAUAAAAAGACCUCUGAUUUGAACCCUGAAGUGAUUACUCAAAACAUUGUGAGAAUCAAACCUGCAAAAUUGGUAGACGUAAAAAAACUAUUAACCACUCAUUUUGGAAAUGAAUGGGAAAAUGAGGAGGGAUUUGAUUUUUAUAGAAGUAUUUUAUCACAAACAUCAAGCCUAGAAGAAGAGGAAGAUGCAUCACAAGAAGUUACUUGUGAAUUGCAAGUCGAGGAAAGAUGUCUAUAGUUUAAGAGUACUUGAUUUUCUGAAGUUUACCUAAGGAUAAUAAUACUUGUUUUUUUUAAUUGCAUGAUUGUUUAUUUUGUUGAAGUUUUACGUAAAGUGCCAUUCAGUAUAUUAUAUUUUUAUAAAAACCAGUGACUGAUUGAUAAGUAAUAAAAAAGAGUUUGAUUAU